AUGCCAACUAUUGCGUGUAAGGGGAAAAGGGACGAAGGGGAAAACAUCACCUUUUUGGUGGACUCAGCUCUUGAGUAUCAGACACAGCUGAUGAAGCUGAGGGUGGUGUUUCUCUCACCUGGUUUAUCAUCAGAAAUAACUAGACUGGGACGUCUCUCUGUCUCCGUCUCUGUCUCUGUCUCUGUCUCUGUCUCUGUCUCUCCACAGUAUCUACCGUUUCAGUGGCCUCUGCUGGACGUACCAGGAAGAUCCACGAUGAGAGACUCUGCGACUCCAACUCACCUGUCUAACAGCGUCCCUGUGGUGCAGCACCCCCACAUGACCCACCUCCACCCCCUGCUCUCCUACAGCCCCGAGGCCUUCUCCCCCCAGAGGGCCUCCCCCGGCUUCUCCCCCGACGCAGGUAUGUCCCGGUCUCCUCACGCCGCCUGCUACCCCGUGUCCCCCGGAGGCAUGGCUCAGAUCCCCCACCCUCUGGGAUGGCUCCAGGGACAGUCCAUGUAUCCCAUCGCUGGAGGCUUCAGUCCUGCUGCUCUGGCCAUGAACGCCUCCAUGUCCAGCCUGGUGUCCAGCGGCUUCUCUCCACGUCUGGUGACGACUCCCCAGUCGUCCGUCCCUCACGCCGCCAUCGUCCCCACGGGGGUCAAACAGGAGCCGGGGGGCAGCAGCCUGCAGCCGGGGAAGUCGGCGUCUGACGUCCAGAAGGAGAAGGAGGACGAGAGGAAGCCGCACAUCAAGAAGCCGCUGAACGCCUUCAUGCUCUACAUGAGGGAGGAGCGCCCCCGUGUGGUGGCUCAGUGUAAAGUCAAAGAGAGCGCCACCAUCAACCAGAUCCUGGGACAGAGGUGGCAUUCUCUGUCCAAGGAGGAACAGGCCAAAUACUACGACCUGGCCCGUAAGGAGAGGCUGCUCCACUCGGAGCUUUAUCCCGGCUGGUCGGCCAGAGACAACUACGGCAAGAAGAAGAAGAGGAAGAGAGCAAAGACUGACGGUCACAUGGAAGUCGCUGCCUCCGUUGCCCCCGACGAUUUCCCCCCCCAGCUGAAGAGACCUCGCGUCCCGUCCGGCCCCGAGGAGACUCCGCCCCCGGCCCCGGCCGCCGCCCACUCCCGUCCUCACCUGGCCCAGCCGCCGGCCGUCUCCCACCUGACACACUCCCACCUGUCCCAGGCCAGCCCCGCCUCCUCCCUGGACUCCCCGGCCACGCCCACCACGGCGCUGGCGUCGCCGGCCGCCCCGGCCUCCACCCACACCGAGCACCACCAGCUCCACCACGCCCCCUAUGGACAGACCUCCCCCUACCCCGAGCAGCUGCAGCCGCUGUCCCUCACCACCAAACCCCACCGGACCUCCCACCCCCCCACCACCACCACCACCACCACCACGCCCUCCUCACCCGUCUCCAGGAGCCCCCCCCCUCCUCUCCCUCCUCGUCCCACUCUACCUUUCCUGGUCCCGCCCCCUAACUCCUCCCACCAAUCAGCAGCGAGCUCUCACAGUGCCUUAACUCAGUCACAGCCACUCGCACUCCGCAGAACCAAUCAGCUGUGAGGAGCUGCUCCUCCUCCUCCUCCUCCUCCUCCUUCUCCUGCUCCUCCUCCUGCUCCUGCUCCUGCUCCUCCUCUCCUCCUCUUCCUCCUCCUUCUCCUCCUCCUCCUCCUUCUCUCCUGCCUCCUG